AUGAUUGUCUUGAAGGCUCUUGCUGUCCUCUCUUUACUUAGCAACUUCACUGCCGCAAACAUCAUCGAUGGUGCGGAACACACUCCUUACCGUGGUGCGAACGUAAAGCGUGCGGUGAGCGCUACCAACACCACUACUCUUGAAGACUACGAAUAUGUCAUCGUUGGCUCCGGUGCUGGCGGUGCGCCCCUCGCAGCCAGACUGGCUCUCAAUGGCCACAAGGUCCUCCUCCUUGAAGCUGGUGACGACCAAACCAAUACCACCCAAUACAACGUACCCGUCUUGCACUCUGUUGCCGCCGAAUACGAGCCGAUGAGAUGGGAUUACUUUGUGAAGCACUUCGACGACGAAGCUGAGAUGAGGAAGGACACUAAGCUCACAUAUGAACUUGCUGAUGGCACCCGCUACACCGGCCCCAACCCACCUUCCGGCGCCAAACCUCUCGGUAUUCUCUACCCCCGUGUUGGCUCCCUCGGAGGUUGCACUGUUCACAACGCCCUCAUCACUGUAUACCCAUAUGACAGUGACUGGAGUGGCAUCCAGGCUAUCACCGGCGACGCUUCUUGGGCGCCGAAGAACAUGCGCAAGUACUUCACCCGUCUGGAGAGGUCGCGCUACCUGCCCAACAGCGUUGUUGGACACGGAUUCUCAGGUUGGCUCGAGACCUCUCUGACUGACCUGACCUUGAUUGUCCAAGACCUCAAGGUCAUUUCCCUCGUCCUGGCUGCCGCCACGGGUAUGGGAAAGAGCCUCCUCUCGUCGCUUCUGACUACCGUGACUGGUCUUGGUCAGGUUCUGCUCCGCGACAUCAACAACCCCGGCGCUAACCGCGAUUCUGCCGAGGGAUUAUGGCAGGUCCCUCUCGCCAUGAAGAUUCCGGAGUACAAGCGGGCUGGUCCCGUCGACUUCCUUCACCAAGUUAUCGAUGCGAAGAACAGUGAUGGAAGCCGAAAGUACCAUCUCGACAUUCAGCUUAACACCCUCGUCACCAACGUUGACUUCGACCAGACUGGUGCCAAGCCCAAGGCUACCGGCGUCAGCUUCUUGACCGGUAGAUCUCUCUACGGCGCUGACCCAAGGCGUCAAUCCGGCUCUGCUUCUGGCAAGGGAACAAAGGGAUCCGUCAAGGCUACCCGCGAGGUUAUCCUCUCCGCCGGUACCUUCAACACACCACAGAUCCUCAAGCUCUCCGGUGUUGGUCCCAAGGCCGAACUUGACCAAUUCGACAUCAAGGUUGUUAAGGACCUCCCUGGUGUCGGCACGAACCUCCAGGACCGCUACGAAAUUCCCGUCAUCGGUCAGGCACCCAGCAAGAUCUCUCUCCUGAACGGUUGCACCUUCCUUGAAGGCGACCACGACCCCUGUCUCGAGAAGUGGGAGACUGGUAAGCUCGGAAUCGGAAAGGGUGUAUACGCUACCAACGGUAUCGCUCUGGCCAUUACCAAGAAGGCUAGCAACUCCAUCAACGGCAACGCUGAUCUUCUCAUCGCUGGUUGGCCCGCGUACUUCAACGGUUACUACCCCGAAUUCUUCGCUAACGCUACUGCUGGCCGUGACGCCUGGACUUGGCUUACUCUCAAGGCUGAAUCGCGUAACAACGCCGGUACUGUCACUCUUCGCAGCGCUGAUCCUCAGGAUGUACCCGAGAUUCGCAAGCGCAACUUCGAUGUUGGCGGCGAUGAGGAUCUCGACGCUCUUGUAGAGGGAAUGAAGUACGGUCGCGAGGUCUUCAACGACCUCAUUCCUCUUGACGGCAAAUUCACCGAGGUUUGGCCUGGAAAGCAGGUUCAGACCGACGAACAGUGGAAGGAGUUCGCCAAGUACGAGGCUUGGGGCCACCAUGCUUCGUGCACCUGCCCCAUUGGCUCUGACGACGACCCGAAUGCUGUUCUCGACACCAACUUCAAGGUCCGCGGUGUCGAUGGUCUUCGUGUUGUUGAUGCUUCCGCCUUCCCUAAGAUCCCUGGUACUUACCUUGCCCUUCCUCUCUAUAUGAUUGCAGAGAAGGCGUCGGACGUUAUCCUUGCGGAUGCCAAGGCCAAAUAA